GACCAUCACUCACCACUUAGUGUCGCUGUCGAGGAAUCAUGUCGGUAUUGUGUGAGUACGCUCUUGCCCCCUUGUUUGAAAUUUGGCUAGCCAACAUGGCGGACGAGCUGGAUGUCGUUGAUAUCGAAGGAGACGAAUGUGAUCCUGAUUUAGGGGACUUCGGUGACAGAGCAGCGCUACUCCAGAACCAGUACAUGCAGUCAGCAUGGAAGACCAAUACUGGCGUCCUACCGUGGGAGCUGGACCGCUCCAUCAGUGCAGAGAACAGAGAAGUGAUCGAGAACAUGUUGAUGGAGGAGCAGUAUUAUCUGACAGGGAAAGAGAUGCCUGAGAGUGUGUGGGCCAACGCUCCACCUAACCCUAAACCCAAAUUGAAGAGGUCUCCAGCCAAGUCCUCAGCUUCAGGCUCCUCGACAGCCACUCGCUGGUCUCAGCAGGAGAAGGUGCUGUUUGAGACAGGACUGGCUCAGUUUGGCCGUAGAUGGACUAAGAUCUCCAAGCUGGUAGGCAGCCGGACUGUUUUCCAGGUUAAGAGCUACGCCAGACAGUACUUCAAACACAAGGCUAAAUCAGAGGGCAAUACUACUGCUGUGGCGCCUCCUACAGCUCCGGUGGUGUUAGGCCAUGUCCCAGAGACAAGCUCAGCAUUCUCCACCUCUGGCCUGUCUGUCCCCAGCCAUCUGUCAGCUCUGACCAACGUUGUCCGGAUAGAGAGACUGGGCGACGAAGAGGAGGAAGAGGUGGACAUCACUGAUGACCUCAGCGAUGAGGGAGGGAGUGGAGGAGGGGUUGUAGUGAUAGGAGAAAACAGAAGGAUUGAGGGGAAGGGAGAGGACCUUCAGGCAGGAGUUCAUACUGAGACAUGUGAGCCUGGAGCCCCAGAGGAGCUGGACAACCAGGGAGAGACCCACCAGGACCUAUCCAACCAGACACUCCCCAGCCUGAGAGAGACUGAUCAGGAGCAGCCUAACUGUAGCCCUCCAUCCUCCCUCACAACCCCCUCCCCCUGCCUAGCAGUGCAGGCCCCCAGUGGACAGUGUGAGGGGGGCACUGCUGAGCCCCAGAGGGACCCAGUAGAGUCUGGAGAGGAAACAGGGGGGUCUAGGUGGACAGAGGCAGGGGAGGGGGAGGAGUCUGAAGAGGAAGAGGAGGAGCUUAAAUACCCCGAGCAGGAAGUGGAGCUGGACCCGGCAACCAUCACAGAGGAGGAGAAACAAGCUAUCCCAGAAUUCUUUGAGGGACGACCAUCCAAAACCCCAGGAAGAUAUCUGAGGAUCAGGAACUACAUCCUGGACCAAUGGUUGAAGAGUAAGCCCAGGUACUUGAACAAGACGUCAGUGCGUCCUGGCCUGAAGAACUGUGGAGAUGUCAACUGUAUUGGCAGAAUACACACCUACCUGGAGUUGAUAGGAGCCAUCAACUUCAACUGUGACCAGGCGGUGUAUAACCGUCCCAGGAUGGUGGAUCGGUCCAAACCCAGAGACAGCAGAGACACUCUGGAAUACCAACUGGCACAGAGACUACAGAGCAUGCGAACCAGGAAGCGUCGUGUGAGGGACGUGUGGGGGAACUGGCGUGAUGCUAAAGACCUGGAGGGACAGACAUACGAGCACCUGAGUGCAGAAGAGCUAGCCCUGAGGAGAGAGGAGAUGAGACGGCAAUCUAAACCCUGUAAAGUCUCCAGGCACAGAAGGUUGUUGGAUCCAUUCCAGUUGAUUCCGUGCCGUGUGUUUGGAGAGGACAGACCAGAGCCCUUCCAGGUGAUAGUGUGUGCUGAGGCUCUCCUCGUCAUGGACAUGCAUGCUCAUGUGUCGAUGGGAGAGGUUAUCGGCCUACUGGGAGGAGCUUACAGCGAGGAGGACAAAGUCUUGAAGAUCUUUGCAGCAGAGCCUUGUAACAGUGUUAGUACAGGUCUGCAGUGUGAGAUGGACCCGUUAUCUCAGACUCAGGCCUGUGAGAUGCUGUCUAGCCUGGGCUCGGCUGUAGUGGGAUGGUACCACUCUCACCCCACCUUCCACCCUAACCCCUCUCUACGGGAUAUACACACACAGGACCAGUUCCAGAGUUAUUUCUCUCGAGGCGGAGCCCCCUUUAUUGGGAUGAUCGUGAGUCCGUUUGACCCUGCUAACCCCUCCCCACGUUCCCAGACCACCUGCCUGAUGGUCAGAGAGGACCAAGGACCUACAGGACCACAGAAGCUGCCCUACAGGUUUGACUACCAGUGUUCCCAGCAGCAGCCUGACUGGGGCCAGCUGAUGAGGAGGGCAGAGUGGAUCAUCUGCAAAUAUAAACAUGCCCACGGCAGUGUCCAGAUGGACAGGCUUUUCCGCAGGGACUCUCAUCUGACCUGUCUAGAGAAGAUGAUGGCAUCUUUAGGGAGAUAUCUGGAGCCCCUGCCAGAGGAGGGAGGUCCCUUCCUUUCCCAGAUCCAUGCUCUCUUCCAGUCUCACUUUGUUUCCGAGCAACCCAGAGACCAGGAUGAGAGCGGAACCUCUGGCUCCCCAGAGCCAAUCAACGCCCAUGCCUUCCCCUUCGCUCAGCCAAUCAACGUCAGCUUAACAGGAGACACAGGAACACAGGAAAACUGGGAGAAUGAAUCGGUCUCUCCAACUGAUAAUUUAGAAACGCCUAAUAUCAAAACUAUUAACUCACACCAAGCUAAAGAAGAGAUCUCACAUCCAAUACGGUUUGGUUCUGUGUUGUUGACUGGUCAUGAUUAUCUAUUCUGAAUCUAAUAGGUUUCUUUAUGCAUCCAGUUCUUAGUGUUUUAGGUUUAUUAGUAGGCGUACUUGAUUUAGCUCGACUGCAGUUCUCGAGAACACAAGGGGGCUUACAUCCAGUCCCCAUCUUGGGUUCUCAGCUGAUGGUAUGGAGUACAGCUGGCUCCAUGUGAACUACAUUCCCGACUAUCUGUUUUAACAUUUAGAAAUGUUAAUAUUCCUUGCAAUACGGUUUUGGAAACAUUUGGAACUCAACUUUCAGUAACAGCGAGACAGAAUCCAUAAAAUACGAAAGAUACGAUUACUGAACGCAGUUUAGCAAAGUUUCACUGACUGAAGUACAGCCUCCAAGUUCUGUCUCGUUCAUAUGAAAGUUAAGUUCUAAAUAUUUGCUCAACAUUAUUCCGUGCGAGGUGUAAUUUGCGUUUAGGCAGCAUUUGGACAGCGUUGGGGAAUUUGCCUCACAAGGCUAAAGGCUCAAUGUAAUAAAAUGGAAUAGGAGUCAUGAAUAAGGGUAAUCUCAACUGCUGCGCUAUGUGGAGUUUUUUUUUCUCCAAAAGGGAAAACUGCCGGCCUGUGGUUGCACAGGGUUUAGCUAAAUCAAGUGUGCCUACUGUUUUAUAUGGCUUUAUGCUGUAUUGAAUUAACAAAACCGUUGCUCGAACAAGUGAUGUAGCAAUAUCACAAAUGUUAUUUUUCAUAGCAUAUGAAUUGUAGGUUAUACCAAUCCACCUUUCAAAUAAAAGGGUUGAAAGUCAAACAUUUAAAUGUUUGGGUUUGCACAUUUGAAAAACAGAAAAUUGUAUGCUAUAUCACUGUCGUUAUUAAAAUGUGCAUGUCAUUUCAGUUUGAAACAUGA